UCUCGACUAUCGACCGGUCUCUCUCUCUCUCUCUCUCUCUCAAUUUCUGGAGAGAAAUCACCUCAACUUUCUCUCUCUCUCCGAAAAAUCAAAAAUCAAAAAACAUUCUCUUUCUCUCUGUCUCUGUCUUCAAGAUUCAAAGCACAAUCUCGUAAAAAAUUGUUUGCGAAAACAAAGGUCGUGGAAUAGCCCCCAAAGAAUUUCUUCAGAUUCAGGUAUUUUUUAUUGAGAAUCUGCAGUUUCUGGUUGCUUGAGUUGGUGGUUGUUUUGCUGUAAAUAUGGCAUCAUCAAAUAGUACUUUAAACUGUCCAGCACCCAUGAAGGCUACAUCUAAUGGAGUGUUUCAGGGUGAUGAUCCUCUUGAUUAUGCACUUCCUCUAGCAAUUUUACAAAUAUGCCUCGUGGUCGUUCUCACACGACUUCUUGCUUUUCUUCUGAGGCCAUUUAGACAGCCUCGUGUCAUUGCUGAGAUCAUUGGAGGAGUUUUACUUGGUCCAUCAGCUCUGGGUCGAAGCCAAGCUUAUCUGCAUAAGGUUUUUCCACCAAAGAGCUACGCAGUCCUGGACACCUUAGCCAAUCUGGGUCUCCUCUUCUUUUUGUUCCUUGUAGGCCUAGAGUUAGACCCAAGGUCUCUUCGUCGGACUGGAAAGAAAGCUUUAAGCAUUGCCGUUGCUGGAAUUAGCCUCCCCUUUGCACUAGGAAUCGGUUCUUCAUUUGUCCUUCGAGGAACUAUAUCCAAAGGUGUAAAUGAAGCCCCAUUUCUUGUAUUCAUGGGGGUGGCCCUUUCUAUCACUGCUUUCCCUGUCUUGGCUCGUAUACUGGCUGAACUCAAGCUUUUAACUACUGAUGUUGGCCGAAUGGCCAUGUCUGCUGCAGCUGUCAAUGAUGUGGCUGCUUGGAUUCUACUUGCUCUUGCCAUUUCCCUCUCAGGCACCGACCAUUCUCCCCUCAUUUCAUUGUGGGUUUUCUUGUGCGGGUGCGCAUUUGUCAUUAUUUGUAUAGUUGUUGUCCCACGCAUAUUCAAAUGGAUGGCGCAAAGUUGCCCUGAGGGAGAGCCAUUGGAUGAAAUGUAUGUGUGUGCAACCUUAACUAUUGUUUUGGCUGCAGGGUUUGUCACUGAUUCUAUUGGAAUUCAUGCCCUCUUUGGAGCUUUUGUUAUUGGAGUUCUAGUCCCAAAGGAUGGACCAUUUGUUGGUGCUCUUGUUGAAAAGGUUGAAGAUCUUGUAUCUGGCUUGUUCCUUCCUUUGUACUUCGUCUCAAGCGGAUUGAAAACUAAUGUAGCCACCAUUCACGGGGUUCAAUCAUGGGGUCUUCUUGUUUUGGUCAUAUGUACUGCUUGUUUUGGGAAGAUUGUAGGCACUGUUGCAGUCUCACUUAUGUGCAAAAUACCUUUUCUAGAGGCUCUGACUCUGGGAUUCUUAAUGAACACUAAAGGCCUGGUGGAGCUCAUUGUCCUCAACAUUGGGAAAGACCGAGGGGUAUUGAAUGAUCAAACAUUUGCCAUUAUGGUUCUGAUGGCUCUUUUCACAACUUUCAUCACAACACCUCUAGUUAUGGCAGUGUACAAGCCAGCUAAAAGGAUUGGUAGAGGUGGAUACAAGUGUAGGACAAUACAAAGAAAUGACCCCAAUAGUAAACUCCGAAUAUUGGCCUGUUUCCACAGCACAAGGAACAUACCCACCUUGAUUAAUCUCAUCGAGGCCUCUCGUGGGACUGAGAAGAGGGAAGGACUGUGUGUCUAUGCAAUGCACCUCAUGGAACUUUCUGAAAGGUCAUCUGCAAUUCUAAUGGUCCACAAGGCAAGAAAGAAUGGGCUUCCCUUUUGGAACAAGGGACGAAACUACGAUACCAACCAAAUUGUUGUUGCUUUUGAGGCUUUCCGGCAACUGAGUCGUGUGUUGAUUCGACCAAUGACAGCAAUCUCACCAAUGAACAGCAUGCACGAGGACAUCUGUAAUAGCGCUGAGAGCAAAAGUGCAGCGAUUAUAAUUCUCCCCUUCCACAAACAUCAGAGGCUGGAUGGGCAACUAGAGAAUACUCGAACUGAUUUUCGCUAUGUCAAUAGGCGGGUUCUUGAACACGCCCCAUGUUCAGUUGGUAUCUUGGUAGACCGGGGGCUUGGUGGAUCAACUCACGUAUCAGCAAGCAAUGUUGAUUCUGUAAUAACAGUCCUUUUCUUUGGAGGCAUUGAUGAUCAUGAAGCUCUUGCUUAUGGAGCCCGCAUGGCAGAGCACCCUGGCAUCAGUUUAGUUGUUAUUCGGUUCUUAGUAGACCCCACGGUUACUGGGGAGAUUGUCACUGUUGACAUCAACAACGAUAGCUCUAGCUCGGGAUCAAGGUCUGCAGAUGAAGAAUACCUCGCUGAAUUUAAGCAGAAAAUGUCGAAAGAAAGCUCAAUCAAGUAUGAAGAAAGAGUAGUGAGUAAUGCUGCAGAAACAGUUGCAGUAAUUCGCGAGCAUAAUCGUUGCAAUCUGUUUUUAGUUGGACGAAUGCCCGAGGGUGAGUUAGUUAGGGCAUUGAAUGGGAAGGGUGAAUGCCCAGAACUGGGACCGGUAGGCAGCUUAUUAACCUCACUGGAUUUCUCAACGACAGCAUCGGUCCUGGUGGUGCAACAAUACCAUAGCCAAUUAUCUAUGCAUUCAUUGGCUUCCCUGAGGGAAGAAGAAGAAGAAGAAGAUGAAGAUGAUUUACCUGGGAGAGAUUCUGAUACAAACUGAUAGGCUUUUUUAUUGUAGUUGUGAUUUGAUUUAAAUGUGUAGUACCUCUGUAAAGAAAAGAUACAAUGCAAAAAUAUUGCGCAAUCUUACUCAAAUGUUUGUUAGAAGGAAUGUUGAGUGAAAGAUUAGCAACAAUUGAUUCAUCAUCAAAUAUACUAAAAACUGUUGUACUGCAA